CCAGCUGUGCUUCCUAUGCCUUCAGCCUUGAAUGUCACUGCUGCCUUAGGGCAGUCUAGACCUACCCUUACCCCUCCUUGCUCCCUGGCCCCCCAACAGUGCCCUCUAGCAGUUGCUAACCAGCCUUCCCCAUUUCCUUCUCCCUCUAGUAUUGCUUCAGCCCCCUUUGAAGCUCCUUUUCCCCAGCCAUCCUCUGGAACUGCCAUGCCUUUGGAAACUCUCCCUAACACCCCAACUUUCCUACCGCACCUAAUAGGGCCUCCCAUCUCCCCAGCUGCCUUAGCUCUGGCCUCUCCCAUGAUAGGGCCAACUCUGAAAGGUGCCCAUUCCUCUUCAGCUCCCUUGGCCCUUGUUGCAUUGGCUCCCCACUCAGUUCAGAAGAGUUCUGCUUUUCCACCUAACCCUGUUGCCUCACCUCCAUCAGUUGCUAUGGCUGAGUCAGGGUCAGUGACAUCUCUACCAGCUCCCAUUACUCCCUCAGAACCAAAACCCUCUCCUAUUCAGGUUCCCUCUCAGGUACUCCCUAAUCCGAAAGCUACUACUCCAAGUUCAGGUCCUCCAGGUACAAUCAGUGCUGUUCCUUCCCAUGUUGGAAAUCCCUUGGCCUCUGUUCAAUCUGGGGUAACCUCCUGUGCUCUGACACCAUGCAUUACUCCCCCAGCCAUUACUUCUCAGAUUAAAAGUAUCCCCAUUUCCUCAGCUCUGAUCCCACAAAAUCCAUUAAGCUUCAGCCUGAAGGGGCCUGUUAGUUCACCUUCUACCUUAUCUUUUUCAACCCAGUCUACUCCUGCAGUGACCUCUUCUCAAACUGUGGCUCUUAGCAUCCCACCAGUUUUCCCUAGUUCUCUGGGUUCUCAUCUUACAUCUUUACAUCAGGGUUCUUCUAUCCAACCUUUAGGUCAAGCAGCUCCUAGUACACUGUCAAAUCCUGCAGUGAAUACCAUUUCUGUAGAUCAUUCUUCCUUGGGGACCUCUUAUCCAUCUCAGAGAUCUGUGAUUUCUCCCCUUCCUUCGGGAAAUGAGCUGGUUACUGGUACUGUGGCUGCUCUUCCAAUAAGGUCUCCAGGUUCUUCUCUGGCUCUGUCUGUUGACAAAGGCCCCUCUACAGUGACUGACAUAACCUCCUACCCUUCUGGCUCCCCAAUUGUAACUACCACUACUUCAUUAUCUCCUACGGCCUUGCUCGGUCUUAAAGAGUCUCCUAAUGCCACUUAUCAGCCUCUGGGGACUCAAAUUCUUGCUUCUCCAGGAACAGACUUUAAAGAAACUUCUGUCUCUUCUGUUGGAACCACCCCACUUCUGAUGACUAACCCCUCUAUGAUUUCUGCAGCACCUACUACCUUUGAGGUACCUACUUCUGUGCCUCCUCCAAUUUCAUCAGGUCUCAUAAGUAGUAAAGAACCAACUUCCCUUACUGCCUUGGUUAUGUCACCUGUGGCUCAAAAAGAGCUUCCUACUUCUCAGAUAGUAACUACUCUGAGCAUACCAGUCUGUCCUUUGCCAGCUCCUAUAUCUCCCACCCAGACAGGACUCCCUACCAAGGAAAGCCCCACUUCAUUACCUUUGGCCCUCUCAUCGCCCCAGAAUUCCUCCCAAAGUACAUCAUCUUUGGAGAUAAUUUCUCCUGAAACCACUAUAGCAAAGAAAAGCUGUGUGGAGCCUCUCCCUGUAGCUAAGGCAGCCAGUGCUAUUGCCUCUUCUCUGGAUGUUAACUCCUCGACCUCUGUAGUCAAGACAGAUCCUUAUACAAUCCCAGACCCUGAUAGUCUGCUUCUCAAAAGUUCUAUCACUGCUCCAGCAGUGGCUACGUUUCCUUUGGGAAGUGCUGACCAUAUGGGGGUGGCUUCUACAACUGCCAAAGAUACCUGUACUCUUACUACUUUACCUUUGGUUUCUCCAGCUUCUGAAAGUUGCCCUGUGGCUCCAGCUAUGACUUUAUCCCCUCAGAAUGUUUCUGUUUCUACAGUAGCAUUGACGCUGACUCCUGAAAUUCCUAAGUCCGUGCCCUUUCCCCCUCUUUCCCCAGCUGGGAUUGCUCUGUCCAGUGCAGAUAUAGUUGAUGGUAUUUCUCAGACCUCAUCAUUGGCACCUUUAGUUUCCUCUCCUGUGUGCCCAAAUGAGGACCUCACUGAUUCUACAUCUUCCAAAGGAAGCAUGACUUCUAUAACUGACUCUGCAUCUCCUUUAGGGACUGGUAUGUCUCCUCAGACUAAAAGACCUCUAAUCAAGAAGGGUUCUCCUAUCCCUGAUGAUCUUGCUGGAAAUCUCUCAUCUUCUGUUUCUCCAGUUGAAGCUUCCUUCCUUCCAGAGGCCAAUAUUUCUAUUCAAGGCCCUAAAGGUUCACUAACCAAGAAGCAUUCUCCCACUCCCAAAGGGGCCCCUACUCCUACAACUGUGCCUCUUCCCUCCCCCAAAAAGGCCCCAGCAGACCCAUCCCCCAAAAGGACUCCUACUCCCCCAGCAGAGACUUCUCCCUCUCCCAAAAAGCCACAAGCAACGCUGGCCCCGAAAGGAGUUCCCAAUCCCCCAGUUGUCACUCCUUCCUCAGUCCAAAAGACCCCAGCAAGCCCAUCUCCCAAAGGAACCCCCACUGCCCCAACUGUGGCUCCUACCUCCAAAAAGGCCCCAGCAGCUACAAACCCCAAGGGAACCCCCAACCCCCCAGCUGAGAUUCCUCCUUCCCCAAAAAAGUCUCCAAUAGCUACAGUCCCCAAAGAAGCCACCACAGCAAGCCCAUCCCUCAAAGAAACUUCCAGUACCUCAGCUGAGAUUCCUACCUCCCCCCAAAAGGAUCCAGUAACCAUAGCCCCCAGUGGGAUCCCCACUGCCCCAGCUAAGACUCCUCCCUCCUCCCCAAAAAAGGUAGCAACAACUGUCCCAGCUGUUACUCCUUCCCCAAAAAGUACACCAGCUCCAUCUUCCAAAGGGUCCCCUGCCCUGCUAGCUGAUGCUCCUCCUUCUCCCAUUGAGGCUCCUCACCACAAAAAAAAGGCCCCAUCCCCCAAAGGAGUCUCCAGUCCCCCACCUGUAACUCCUCUCUCCCCAAAAAAGGCACCAACAAUUUCAUCUCCCAAAGGGACCCCAGAAGAGACUUCUUCCUCCACCCAAAAGACCCCAACAAUUCCAUCCCCCAAAGAGGUCCCCACUCCCCCAGCUGUGACUCCUCCCUCUCCCAAAAAGGCCUCAGCAAAUACAGCCCCUAAAGAGGCCACAGUAACCCUGUCCCCCAAAGGGGUCCCCACUUCCCCAGCUGUGACUCCUCCUCCCUCUCCCAAAAAGGCCCCCACAAGUACAACCCCUAAAGAGGUCACAGUAACCCCAUCCCCCAAAGGGGUCCCCCCUCCUCCAGCUGAGACUCCUCCCUCUCCCAAAAAGGCCCCAGCAAAUACAGCUCCCACUGAGGUCCCCAGUCCCACAGCUGUGACUCCCACCUCUUCCAAAAAGACACCAGCAGUUCCAUCCCCCAAAGGGGCCCCCACUUCCCCAGCUGUGAUUCCUCCCUCUCCCAAAAAAGCCCUAACAAGUACAGCCCCCAAAGGGGUCUCCAUUCCACCAGCUGUGACUCCUCCCUCUCCCAAAAAGGCCCCAGCAAAUAUAGCCCCAAAAGAGGUUCCCAGCCCUCCAACUGUGACUCCCCUCUCCCCAGAAAAAGCAUCAGCAGCUCCAUCCUCCAAAGGGAUCUGCGCUCCCCUGGCUGUGAUGCCUCCCUCUCCCAAAAAGGCCCCAGCAAAUUCAGCCUCCAAAGGGAUCCCAGAUGAGAUUCCUCCUUCUCCCAAAGAGACCACAGUAACUCUGUCCCCCAAAGGGGCCCCCACUCCCCCAGCUGUGACUCCUCCCUCUCCCAAAAAGACCCAAGCAACUGCAGCCCCCAAAGAGGUCCCUACUUCCCCAACUGUGACUCCACCUUCCCCAGAAAAAUCAACAUCUCCAUCCCCCAAAGGGGCCCCAGCUGAGAUUCCUCCCUCUCCCAAAAUCGGCCCAGCAAAUACAGUCCCCAAAGAGGUCCCCACUUCCUCAGCUGUGACUCCUCCAACAAAAACGGCACCAAGUCCCUCCAAAAAGUUACCAACAACCUCAUCCCCCAAAGGGUCCCCAGCUGAGACUCUUCCCUCCCCAAAAAAGGCCCCGACAAGUAUAGCCCCCAAAGAGGCUACAGUAACCCCAUCCACCAAAGGGGUUCUGGCUCCCACGGUUGUGACUUCUUCCUCCAAAGAGGCUUCAGCAAUCCCAUUACUCAAAGGGCUCCCCACCACACCAGCUAUGACUCCUCCGAAAAAGUCACCAAUUCCAUCCCCAAAAGGGGCCCCCACUCCUCUAGCUGACACUCCUCCCUCUCCCAAAAAGGCCCCAGCAACUGCAGCACCCAAAGAGGCCCCUACAACCCCAUUCUCCAAGGGAGCCCCCUCUCCCAAAAAAGCCACAGCAACUGCAGCUCCCAAAGAGGCCUUUAUUACUCCUGUUGUGACUCCUCCCUCUCCCAGAAAACCCCCAGCAGGUACAGCCCCCAAAGAUGCCCAAACAACUUCAUCCCUUAAAGGGAUCCCCACUCCUCCAGUGGACACUCCUCCCUCUUCCAAAAAGGCCCCAGCAACUGCAGCCCCCAAAGAGGCCACAGCAAUCUCCUCUCCCAAAAAGGGCCCAGCAACCACAGCCCCCAAAGGAACUCCCACUCCUCCAGACACUAUUCUCCCUCCUAAAAAGGCCCCAGCCCCCAAAGGGGCCUCUAUUCCCACACCUGUCACUUCUCCUUCUCCCAAAGAGGCCCUAGCCCCCAAAGAGGCCCUAGCUACCCCAUCCUCCAAAGGCAGUCCCACUCUGCAAGCUGUAAAUGUUUUCCCUAAAGAGUCCCCCAUUCUCCCAGGCAUUGUUCCUCCCUCCCCCAAAGGGUCCCCUGCUUCCCCAGUGUCAGUAAUAUGUACCAUGGGGGCCCUUACUCCUGAGGCAUCUGAAGGUGUCCCAGCAAAGAAAGGCCCCAAGGCUCUCAAAGAAGUACUUGUGGUCUCAUCUCCAGAAAAUGAACAAGUCACCACAGUUCCCACUCAGAAAGGCCCAGGAACCAAGAAGAAUUCUGCAGCUUUGCCUAAGUGCUCAGAUCCCUCAACUAAGAAUGAUACUAAAGGAUCCCUUUCUACAGUGACACCAGCUCCUCUACUGACAAUCCCUGUUUCUCCUACAAAAAGCAAAGAUCCUUUUCAUUCCCCUGGGUCUAAGAUAUCUACCCCUCUAGCAGGAGUUGCCUCUGAGAAGGUCCUUCCUAUAGCUGGAUCAACAUCUGUGUCUCCAGCAACCACCCCACCAGUCUCUCUGCCUCUUGCUCCUUCCCCAGUUCCCCCUCUGCUUCCUAAACAACAGUUUCUGCCGACCUCACCUGGGCUGGUGCUGGAAUCACCCUCUAAGCCCCUAGCCCCUGAUGAUGAGGAUGAGCUGCCGCCUCUGAUUCCCCCGGAACCAAUAUCUGGGGGAGUGCCUUUCCAGUCCGUCCUUGUCGACAUGCCCACCCCCAAACCUGCUGGGAUCCCUGCCCCAACCCCCUCUGCCAAGCAACCUGUUCUGAAGAACAACAAGGGUUCUGGAACAGAAUCUGACAGUGAUGAAUCUGUACCAGAACUUGAAGAACAAGAUUCCACACAAGCAACCACCCAACAAGCACAGCUGGCAGCUGCAGCUGAAAUCGAUGAAGAACCAGUCAGUAAAGCAAAACAGAGUCGGAGUGAAAAGAAGGCACGGAAGGCUAUGUCCAAGCUAGGUCUUCGACAGGUUACGGGGGUUACUAGAGUCACUAUCCGAAAAUCUAAGAAUAUCCUCUUUGUCAUCACAAAACCAGAUGUCUAUAAGAGUCCAGCUUCAGAUACCUACAUAGUUUUUGGGGAAGCCAAGAUUGAAGAUUUAUCUCAGCAAGCACAGUUAGCAGCUGCUGAGAAAUUCAAAGUUCAAGGUGAAGCGGUCUCAAACAUUCAAGAAAACACACAGACUCCAACUGUACAAGAAGAGAGUGAAGAGGAAGAGGUUGAUGAAACAGGUGUGGAAGUUAAGGAUAUAGAAUUGGUCAUGUCACAAGCAAAUGUGUCAAGAGCAAAGGCGGUCCGAGCCCUAAAGAACAACAGUAAUGAUAUUGUAAAUGCUAUAAUGGAAUUAACAAUGUAACCAUCUGAAAGCCAGGACCUUUUUCUGGUGUUUCAAAAGGAUAACUGCAGCUUGGUUUGAAAUUUGUACUGUUUCUAUCAUUAAUAAAGUUAUGGCUUCUUGUUGGAUGAA